AUGACGAUGCUUCUAAGAAAAAUGUGGAAGACCCAUUCCAAGCAUAAAAAGUUGUGUGAGGAAUGGGCUUUAGCUGAGUGUGAGGGGGAGGGUUGGUGGCGAGAGGCUCGGGACUCAGGACCUGGUGACAUGGACGUCAGGUAUGCAGGAGCAGCGCCCGUCGAACGAGCUGCAUCAGCGCCUGCAACUGCACUCGCCGUCAAAUCAGCUUUAUUUUCAGCUAAAUUGUUAAACAAAAAGCUGCAGCGAGUGAACUUGGACAUCAGUGCUAAGGGCAUCGUCGUGAGUGAUGCUGAGUCACAGGAAAACGUACUAAGCGUCUCCAUUUACAGAAUCUCCUACUGUUCAGCUGAUGCUGCCAAUGCUCGUGUCUUCGCGGUGGUAGAAGGAAAGCCUAUAGGAGGGUCAGCGGAGAACCACGUGGUGCAUGUGUUUGUGUGCACUAGGAGACGACAUGCGAGGGCCCUUGCACUGUCUCUCGCACACGCCUUCAAUGAUGCUUACCAGGCAUGGCAAGCGAACCUAAAUCAAGGCAGUUCCCUCGGAUCAGAUGGGAAACGGCUAGCUCCUUGGGUCCGUUUUCAAGAAGAAUCUGAUGAGGAGAUCGAAAGUGAAGAUUGGGAGUCACCAGCUCCACUCGUAUCCUUCGCAUAG